AUGGCUGGCGAUUCUAACCAAAGGAUUUCCUGGUGGAAAUUCAAAUCCAAAGGCUCACAAGAUCCAAACAAUGACGACCCGGAUCACCAACACAUGCCCCUUUCUUUAUCUCCCCACGACAAUGACCCCCCAGCAACAUCGUCUGUCACCGACCCAACCACCACUAUCUCACAUCCCCCAGCAGAAUCUUCAACCCAGCACUUUAAGGAUCUUAGAGAACAAUUCAUUCAAAGCAAAAAUACCGACCUCAGCAAUAACUCGAUCUUUGGUGUCGAGCUAGAAAAAUCCUUGCAAGUUGCCUCCGCCAAAAUCUAUGUCCCCAACAGCUCCCAAGCCAAUGAUGAUGAUAAUGAAAACAAGCCUGCCGACGUUGCAGAAUACGGUGAAAUCCCUGUCGUGGUAGCAAAAUGCGGCUCGUUCCUUAAACUCAACGGUUUAUCUGUCGAAGGUAUCUUCAGAGUCGGUGGCUCGAGUAAAAGAGUGAAGGAACUACAACAAAUCUUCAGUGAAGCCCCGGACUAUGGCAAGAAAUUGGACUGGGAUGGGUUUACCGUACAUGAUGCUGCGUCACUUCUUCGGAGAUACUUGAACUCCUUGCCCCAGCCAGUGAUACCUUUGGACCAAUACGAGGCAUUUAGGGCUCCUUUGAAAUCAAGACCAAGAGUAUUGGCUUAUUUCACCUACAGAGGUGUUUCUAACCCACCUAAAGACAAUAUCACAACUACAUCAUCCACCACCGGUCCAAUAGCCUCGACGCCCAACCCGGGAUCAGCUGGCGGUGCUCCUCAAUUAACUUCUGCCCACAACUCAUCAACUACACCGGCGCCAUCGCAAUUCGUUGCCCAAGUGACAAGAAAACCCGUCCCUAUCCUUAGCGAUGACACCUCAUCUUCGCAAAUCAACACGGCGGCUCAAGACGAACCGGCCGACUCAGCACAAGAACAAGAACAACCUGAAGUCGAUGAGAAAACCAAAGAACUUGCGAAGAAAAGGCGUCGUAGAUUGAAAAAACAUAAGCGCUUUGUCGAAGACAUUAAGGGAGCCCUGGAAGAGUAUCAAAAACUUGUUGCCGGUUUACCUAUUCUUCGUAAAAAGUUGUUGCUUUACAUUCUCGACUUGCUUGAUGCCUUUAGUGAACAUUCAGAAGAAAACAGAAUGUCUUCUUCCAAUCUUUCAGCGGUUUUCCAGCCUUCAAUUUUAUCGCAUCCAAAACACGAUAUGUCACCAGAUGAAUAUGUUUUAUCUCAAAAAGUGGUGGAAUUCCUCGUGGAGUACAGUUAUAAAUUAUUACCUGAGCAAACGGGCGUCCAAAUCCACCACCAACAGUGA